AUGCUCUUCAAACUUGUUGGUUUUUUUUGUAUAGCACAUAUAUCCGAAAGUUUAUUAUUACGAGUCAACGAAUUUGGUUUACACGAAGCAGCUAACUUUACCCGACAAUGGCUUUCCAUGGCAGGACCACAUAUGAAAAUGCCAGAAAUUCGACAGUCAUUCUAUAACUCAUUUGCCGGAGGGGAAAUGACAGUUACUAACAUCACAAUCAAACGAUUCGUUCCUCCACUCAUCCGAUUCCGACCAUCCGACCACUCAUUUUUAUAUAUGUCAACACUUAGUGGAUACGCACAAGUUUCUGCCGAAUGGUCAGUCGAAUCUCAGUUUUUGCACAUGCUGAAAAUCCCACUCCAAGGUCAAAUUCAUGCUCAAAUGACCGGUUUGAUCUCUGAAAUUGCUAUGCAGAUCACACAAGACAACGAAGUCGAAGUUCACCACUGUGUUGCUCAAAUUCGAGAUUUGAGAGUAGCAUUUCAGGGUAGCGUAGCCGCAGAUGUGAUUCACUGGUUCAGACAAAGUGUGACUCGUGCAAUCAGAAGAACACUUGAGGAGGAAUACUGUGACAUGAUGAGAAAUCACUGGCUUCCAUGGGUGGAGGCUCAACUUUACCAAUUCCCAACGAACUUGACGAUUAGUCAUUCUCCAGAUGUCACACUUAUUCAAAGUAUGCAAUCAAUUGCUAUGACCCAACAUCAUGUUGAUGUCAGAAUGAGAAGUGACUUGAUUUGGGAUAAUGAGUUUGUAGAGAGUGGAAUGGUUGAGAACUCCACGUUGACCAGUGUUGACGCACUUCCAAGAUCAACUAGAAUGAUUGACAUGUUUAUCGAUGAACACACUGUGCAAAGUAUCAUUGCAGCUGCUCACUUUGCUGGUCAUUUGAAAACUAAAAUUGAGUCGCCAUUCUUGAAAACUAGCUGCGAUGUGCUUUGCAUUGGAACAGUUCUUCCAGAACUUGCCGAACAAGUUCCGAAUCGGACACUUUCAGUAGAAGCAGCAACACUCUCCCCACCAGUAAUUGAUCUUCAACAAGGCAGAGCAUUGGUUUAUUUGAAUGCAUCUCUAAAUGUAUUUGCUGAACCACCACUCAAAACCGUAGAAGGUAGUAUGCUGACCAUCAAUGUUGAAACCGAAUUCACGUUAACCAUGGAAAUGAGGAACAAAAGAGUGAAAGGAUAUAUCAAUAUGAUCAAUGCUCAAGCCAAUUUAGUGGAUAGUAAAGUCGGAUUAAUGUCUCAAAAGACAGUCGAUUUCCUUGUGAAUAUGUCAACUCCAUUCCUCGAGGACGCCGUGGAUGUGCUGAUCGGUCGGGGCCUUAUUGUAGCGGACCCCUUCCAAUUCCCUUCUACGAACGAGCAUCUGAGCAUUCAUGACAAAUGUCUCCGAUGGGAAGCUGACAUCGUCAUGCCAACAGUGGUGGCUCAUACAAAUGUAUACUAG